AUGGGGACUUAUCCAGCUUUCUCCGGUUCACCUCAGCUCCCAGAGCAGCGGCUUCAUGGGACUACCAACCUAAACCCUGCUGGUGGAUACAGAAUUGAGCUGCAAAUCCAGGAUGCGACGUUUGACAAAUACCCUGCAAAACAACAUGCACAAAGAGUUGCGGCAAAGAUCAAGAAAGGAAAAGGGCUUAUUUUUCUGAUGGGCCAGAAGGCUGCUCUACUUGAGGACUCGGACCAGGAAACUCGAUUUCGACAGAGACGCUACUUCUUCUAUAUGUCUGGCGUCAAUGAAGCUGACUGCGACCUCACUUACGAUAUACAGUCGGACAAGUUGACUCUGUAUGUUCCUAACUUUGAUUUGGGUCGAGAGAUCUGGAUGGGCCCUACCCUUGGACCACAGGAUGCUUUAAAAAGAUAUGAUAUCGAUGAAGCCAAAUACCAAUCUUUCCUUCAGGGAGACAUCAAACAAUGGGCUAGCUGUUCAGGCCAUGGCUCCACAAUAUACACUCUCCACGACUCCCAAAAGCCGACUGGGGACUUCCCUAACGUGUUUAUGGAUAGCGAAACGCUCAAACCAGCAAUGGAUGCAUGUCGCGUCAUCAAGGAUGAGCAUGAGAUUGAGCAAAUGCGGCAUGCCAAUAGAGUUUCUACGGCUGCCCACAUAGCCGUUCUUCAAGGGAUAUGCAAAAUGACCAACGAGGCUCAGAUAGAAGGCUCCUUUCUGAAUACCUGCGUCUCGCUAGGAGCACAUAACCAAGCCUACGGGAUAAUUGCGGCGUCAGGCGCAAAUGCGGCGACUCUUCAUUACUCGAAGAACAAUGAGCCGCUCAAAGGGCGUCAGUUCGUCUGUCUCGACGCUGGCGCCGAGUGGAACUGUCACGCAAGCGAUGUGACCCGCACCUUCCCAUUGACUGCUCGAUGGCCGGGGACUGAAGCGGAACAAAUCUACGCUUUAGUGCAGAAUAUGCAGGAAAGUUGCAUUCUACGCAUCAAGGAAGGGGUUCGAUACCUGGAUCUUCACCAUCUAGCGCACGACAUCCUCAUCCACGGCUUUCUUGCUAUUGGUAUUUUUAAGGCAGGCACAGCCGAUGAGAUUAAGAAGUCCGGUGCUUCCAGCCUUUUCUUCCCCCAUGGCCUUGGACAUCAUAUUGGCCUUGAAGUGCACGAUGUUUCUCCAGAUUCUAUAUUCGCGCAGGAUAACGAUGGAACGACUGACAGCUGGCUGUUUUCUUCGACAUACCUAUCACCCUGCACCGCAUCAUCGCCGACGUUGAAAUCGGGGAUGGUAGUUACCGUUGAACCAGGUAUUUACUUCUCACAGAUUGCUCUGGAUAAUGCGAAACCGGCGCAGCUCAAGCAUAUCGAUAUGGAUGUGGUGAAAAGAUAUAUGGCGGUUGGUGGUGUGCGGAUCGAGGAUGACAUUCUGGUUACGAAGGACGGUUUCGAAAACUUGACAUCGGCACCCAAAGGACAGGCCAUGUUGGACUACAUUCAACAGGGUAAUGGGUCAUGCGAUAUUUAG